AAAUACUCAAAGUAAUAAUAAAUUUUUUCCCUCCAUAGUUACGUUCUCACGUUUAUACUUUAUUUAUAAUCCCAUAUCUAUUUAACACCAAUAAAAAUGUCUGUAUCUGCUGACGGAUUCAACGCUUCCCAAUUGUUUGAAACUUUACAAGAAGCCCUCAAGGACGACAAGCUCGCCCAAAAGGCCAUCAAGGAUGUCAAGGCUGUUCUUGUCAUCACCUUGAAGAACAAGGGCGGUAAGGAACAAUCGUGGUUGUUGGACUUCAAGAACGAUGCCUCCAUCAAGAAGGUUGACGGUGUUCCAAAGUCUGACGUUCAAUUGAUUUUGAAGGAUGCUGACUUUGUCAAGUUGGCCAACGGUAAGGCCAACGGUCAAAAGUUGUUUAUGAACGGUAAGUUGAAGGUCAAGGGUAACAUGAUGAAGGCCACCGCCAUUGAAAGUGUUUUCAAGGCUGCUGACCCAAGACCAAAGUUGUAGAUUACCAUUAGUUUAUGAAUUAAGACGAUAAGAAAUAAAAUAAAAAUUUUUAA